CCCUAGAAAUGUCCCCCCCCAAGCACCUGCUUGUUUUGCUGGGGCCUAGAGCUGGCCCUGGGCACGGCGUAGCCCUGCUAACACUGCCCGCACCACAGCAGCUGGGCUUGCGGAGAGCUCGCAUCUGCCUGGCUUGUCCUGUAGACUUAGGGCUUGUCUACACUGCGACGUUGUGGACAAAACUUGUUUCUUUCAUGGGUACUUUAAAAAGCCCCCCUGUGAAAGACAAGUUUUGCCAACGCAACUGGCAGUGUGAACACUGCUUUGUCUCCUGCUGACAGAGCUAACGCCGCUCGUGGGACUGGAAGUAUUUUGUCUGCAGAAGUGCCGACAAAAUACCAACAGUGCGUUUACACACGCUGGCUUUUAGCAACAAGGCUGCGUUGACACAGCCUUAUCGCUAAAAGUUGCGUAGUGUAGACAGGCCCUCAGCUACACAGAUUCCAAGAGCAGCGUAGACAUGCCGCCAGGGCCCGGCUACCCGACAGCUGCUACACUAGCACAACACCCCGCUGCAGGUGUGCCGCUAAAGUACCAUAAACCUUCGUACAGUCACUGUGAGCACCUCAGUCUGAGGCCUCACAGAGAUGCUGUGAAAGUGCAGGGGCACUUGCUCCGUGAAUAUUAUUGAAGAUGGGCUUUCUGGAAAAAGCUGGGACUAGGCUCAGAGUGCUAAUGUUUGUAUUCAGUGUGUACGCAAAUCAGUGAAGGAAACAGCUUGCUCUGUCUUCAGUGCUGGCAUAUGAAGAAGGUGAAAGAACCAGAGGAGGUUGAAACAGCUGUUCUAGUGAAAGAACCACCCAUCCUGGCGUGUCCCCCACCACGCAGUAGGAAGUACCUUCCCCCAGAGGAUCUCCAGAGUCGUCUUGAGUCUCAUGUCAGGGAAAUUUUUGGACCCUCACUCUCUGAGGACUGGCAAAAGGCUUCACUAAAAGAAAGCAAGUUAAAGUAUCGCCUGCUGGCACAACUGGCCGCAGAACUAGGCCAUGCGGUCCCCAAUUCACAACUCCACCAGAUGUGCACUGCUGGGGAUGUCUUAACUUUCUACAGCACACAGGUCAAAGAUGCCUCAAAAUUUGAUGAGCUAUGCACUGCAGAGCUACCCUCAAACCUAAAGAUUAUGUGGGAAUACUGAGUCAUGCCAGAGAAGAGGGAUGACUUCUGGGAUGAUGUCUAGGCGAGAUUCAUCAUGGUGAUGGUCUAUACAUCAUAUACUCCACUGGGAGUUCAUUUAAAUAUCUUCAGAUUUAAAGGACACUGCUUACUGCUUCAAAAAAAAAAAAAAAAAAAAACCACGCUUUUGUUAUGAUGCGUCAGUGACAGCGUGGUCAGUAAAGAGAACAACAUUUGUAUCCCCUCUAUUCCAGGCCAUGCUCCUUAUUUAAGGGUACAGCUACACUGUAAAAACGAACAAAACUAACAUCAAGUUUCAGAGCCUGUGUCAGCUGACUCUGGCUUAUACUAGGAGGCUCAGACUCAGAGCUGUAGGUCUCUUUUGCUGUGUAGACAUACCCUACAAGUAAUCGAGAUUGAGGAUAAACAGAGGGCACUGAUCCUUGCAUCACUGUAAACUUCAUUACUGGAAUCUGUAUUGCAUAAUGCGCCUUUGUGACCUUGCAUAUAUAUGAUGUAGAGAGAGACUGAUAUUGAGGGAAUCUGUCCGACUUAUUCAUGUGUGCUGGAGCUAACAGGUUGUGGAGGAGGGGUGGGGAAAAAGUCACCCUCUCCCUUUCUCCAGUGUAUCUUGUAACAGUCAGCCUUCUCUGGAUGGGGUGGAAAUGUAGGUCCUAUCAGCAAUAGUACAAUCAAAAGCAAUUCCAGAUGCACACUCUUCAAAUCCAUUAGAUGUAGGGUGUUUAGAUUACGAAUUGGCUGCUCUUGAAGAAACUGCUAUGUGGAUGUACCAAAACAAACUGAACUGGUUGCUUUUAGACAAUGAGCUCUAGGCUAACUCAAAACAACCAUGGUCUUAAGUUAACAUUUUCAGGUAUCACCAAGAUUCAGUAUUGCUAUUAAAUUUCCUAGUUAAGGACUCCCAGCAUAUGCUAGGAAACUGAGUUCUGGUCCCCUCAGCAGUUGCUUAUUACAGUGUUCACUCUAUUCAGAAGUUUUCCUUACCACACAGCGUAAGUGCAUCUCCAAUAGUUAGUCAGCAAGAGUAGACAGUGGUGGUGAUUUGAUGUACGUACCCAUCAACAAUGUAUGAAACAAAAAUAGAAACAUUUUGUAAGGAGAUGUAAAAUAAAUGACAAGAUGUGGAAAUGUA